GUGUCCUCAGAUGGAUUGAGUUAAAGCUAUAAGAUGAUGGAGGGAGCUGGGCUAAAGGGAAGAUUGGACAUAAAAGCCCCUGUUGGCACAAUACUGCUCCUUAUGUGCAUGUUCAACCUCGCUCUGACGUUGGUCGACGAGGGUCAGAACUGUAAAGAAGGGGAGUUUCUCAGUGACAAUGGAGUUUGUUGCACCAAAUGCAAUCCAGGUUUGAGGCUUGUUAAAGCGUGUGAUUCUGCGCAUUCAAGGACUAACUGCACGCAAUGUGCCCCCGGAUAUUACACAGAAAAUUCAAACUUCGCCGAAAACUGCAGGAGUUGCAGAAAGUGCCAAGAUCGUGAAGAAGAGGUAUCAAAAUGUAAAACAACCAAAAACAGGGUUUGUCGUUGUAAGGAGGGUUACUACCGGUCCAAAAUCGACUCAGUAAAAUACCAGUGUCUCAAUUGUUCAAAAUGCGGACAGGAUCAGAUGGAAAGAAAGACAUGUACACCAGAACAAAACACAGUGUGUGAAUGUAAAGAGACGUUCUACAAAGUCAAUGCCAAGUGUGAACCCUGCGAGAGUUGUACGCACGGAUGCCAACACCUCUGUUUCUCAACUCCUGUAAAAACCACAGCUCCUGAGCAAAGAAAUGAACAUCUCAUCAACAUCAUCGCUGGAGUUGCCGCUUUGUCAUUGGUAUCGAUGGGGCUGGUGUUUCUCGUCACCUACCUGGUCACAAAACGGUCUAUCAAGAAGAAGAUGCUGAAACAAUCCAGCCAAGAAUCUGACAUUUCCGUGGAGUCAGGCAAGCCAUUCCUGAACUUCAUUGUGGAACCUGCUGAAAACAGGAUUGAUAAGGCUCUUCCUCAAACUGCUGUGAGUGAACAGGAGCCACCCAACCUGCCCGACUGUGUCCCGCUGGAAGUCAAGAUCCCUGAGCUGAUCUACACGGUGCUGGAUCUGGUUCCUGUGCUGCAGGUGAAGCAGCUUGUGCGCACUCUCGGUGUGACGGAUACAGAGAUUGAACAAGCGGAGGCGGACCACAGAUCCUGCCGCGAGGCCCACUACCAGAUGCUGAAGGUGUGGGCCAAGAGAGGGGCGCGUUCAGGCGGAGGAGGACGAGGCAGAAUGGUGCACGAGCCCUUGUUGCAGGAGCUGUUGGGCCAACUGAGACAGAUGCACCUGGGACGGGCAGCCGAGGAGCUGGAGACAAAGUACAGCAUUGAGUAAAUCUGCAACAUGUGCCAAGUGGAACAAGAAGCUCAUGAAACCAAGUAUUGUACUCUGUGGAGCUUCAAAACAUACAAACUGAAACGGUGCUACCACCAGCAGCUUAAUUUCACACACGCCAGCGUCACUGUUCACUCUACGUCCUGCGAGUCACAUGUGAGAGGACAAGGUCAAACUACUUAGAGCAGCAGAUGAACAAAAACAUGUCAGGAGGGGGGACAAAUUCUUUCAUUUUUAAGAAAAGCUUUUACCCCUGGAUAUGUUUUUAAUGGUAUUUUGGAGACUAGCCUUUGGAUUUGUGCUACAGAGUUACAUGAAGAUUGUUAUCACUCUCGUGUCUGCUCAUUCUAGAGGCUAAAAGGCGUAAGCUUAGCUAGGCAUAAAGACUGUAAACGGAAAAAAUGCAAGCUUGGGUCCAUCCGAAAGCUAACAAAACCCACCUACCAACUCCUUAAUGCUGCCUGUAUUUGUUUUUAUAUAUAUCUGAUGCAUAUCCAAAGGCGAAAUGUGAAAACAUGCUGUUUUAUCUUAUUGCACAACACUGGACUAUUUCUCGUCUGGGAGCAGUAGCUUCCUUGAGGCACCUACAGUACUCUCUGCCAAAAAGUAUAAAAGUGAAUUUCCUAAACUAUCAAACCAUUCGAUGAAGAUCUGUAUCACUUUGCCAUUACACUCUGGCAAUAUUUAUUGUGUCUAAGCAGUGUGCUGUGUCCCACUGUCUCAAGUCAUUAUGCUAGGUUAAGCUAAUAGGCUACAGCUUUUGUAUUUGCCAUACCACCCUGCAAGAAAUCCACUAAUAGUACUUCCCAACAUGUCAAACUAAGUCUUUUAGAGUCAGUAGGCCUCUUUAAGACAUGCUGAUUAUUAUUUGUAUGUAUGUUUGUGUUUAAAAUAUGAGGGAAUUGUAGUCAUGUUUGAUUUCAUAGAGGGUUUUUAUUCUACCACAUGCUUUCAGGAUUUGAGUGUUAACAGCAGCAAUCUUUCCUGAAUCAUAUUCAUGUGGCAUUUAUUAUUGAACAGAGCUAGUGUAUCCAUUUCUUUUGCAUAUGUUGUAAGGCCUGUAAAGCUCCUCUACUUGUUAUUGUCAGUAGUCACUAUUAGAAGGACACAGUUAAACAUUGCAAACUCUUUUAUGUUUACUUGUCUUGUGUGCUUUUUAUUUCCUGGCAGAGGGAAGUGCAAAAUCAAGUGCUCGGUCUGAACCAGUAAGUUAACUAGUAAUGUUUUAAUGUUUAGUUCCUGGUCACAUUGUUGAGCUUUCUUCCUUAAAAGUGUUAAGGGAACAAAAGCAAAUUAAGGAAGUUUGUAGUUCCUACUUAGCGUGAGCCAGACCCUUGCCAUUAGCAUUCUUUUAGGCCCCAUCGUACGAGCAUUAAGCGCUACUGUAAGAGAGACACGCCCUGUCUCAGUCGCCCUCUGCAAAGUCAACUUACACCAUACCAGUCUCAGCAUGCAGAUUCAGAUAUAAAUCACUCCCUCAGACCAAAGACGUGGCACUGCUUUGCCCUUCUAGCCGGUAUUAAACUGUGUUAUAAAACAGGGAAAUGUAUUGGGUCAAGCUGUAUAUAAAAUAACUUGUAUGCAUAUCAGAACUUUUAAUAAAUGUAAAGAAAAUCUG